AUGGGGCACGUAAACAAAGUCGACGUUGCCGUAGUGGCCGACGGAGAGAUGCCCGCCUGCGUCGAGGUCCUCUCAAAAGCGUUCGGCCACGAUGCGCCGUUCGUGGAUAUUUACUUGCCCAACCACGAUACACCGUCCGGGCAAGCGCAGGCUUCGAAACGCCUAGCAGCGUGGCAGCAGAGCUCCGAGAACUCUACUUUUCUCAAAGCAGUCAUGCGAGCUGACCAGGGUGAUCAAGAGCACAUCAUCGGCCUCGCCGUGUGGACGCUUAUGAAGGAAGCCCCGCCUGCAGAGCUGUCCAAGAUAGAGAACGUUGAGGAGGUGUGGCCCGAUAAAGACGACCGCGAAUUUAUGACUCGCUUGUGGAGGGAGUACGUAAUACCACGAACCCAGGCUGUCAAGGAUUCUGAGGGUAAAGGAGUCUACGAGUAUCAGCGACUAGGCGCAGGCAAAGCUCUUGUCAAGUGGGGCACCAAAGCCGCGGAUGAACAGAAUAUCAAAAGGGGACACCAAUCGGUCGACGAUGUUAUGAACAAUGUGGCCUUUCUGUUGAGAUUGAAGAAAUGA